AUGACAACAUUGCCGAGGCCUGACGUUGGAGGAAGAGCCAGCGACAGACACUCCUUGAAGAAGCAACGUCUUGCUUCUGUUUCUGAAAGCGAAUCCUCGGAGGAGGACUCAAGUUCCGAUGAAGAAGAUGACGUGGGAGACUCAGACGAUAGCUGUGAAAGAGUUCCACUGGUGCUGAGUGACGAUAGCGAUUCUGAUGAGGAGAAAAGGCUUACGGGUCUUCUUCGAUCAAGAAGACCAAAGAGGCUUUCACCACCCAAAUCCAUGACCCUACCGAACUCGGAUGUUCUUGAUUGCCCAUGUUGCUUCAAGCCAUUGAGGAGGCCUGUCUUUCAGAAUAAAUGCUCUUUCUGCGCAUUGCCCAUUGGGAACAUUCGAUGCAGAGCCAUGGAGAAAGUCAUAAAAACAUGCUUAGUCGCAUGUUCAAAUGCGAAAUACGGGUGUAAACAGAGCACUAGAUAUGGCAAAGAAGUAGCAGACCAUGAGAAGAUGUGUGUUUUCGCUCCAUGUUCAUGUCCUGUACGAAACUGUAACUUUGUCGGUUCCUACAAGGUUCUUAACAACCACUUCCGCGCUACACACAAACGGAGUCCCGGUGAAAUCAUGUCGUUUGUGUUUAAUAGUUCUAAACUAUUUGGCCUACACCUGGAUCGUAUUGAUGAUCCGGUUAUUUUUCAGGAAGAGAAAGAAGGUGAUCUUGUUGUAGUUCAGGGUUUCAAAGGUUCCCAUGGUGUGUAUGUGACUGUGAAACGUAUUGCACCUAUUGCUAAAGAAAUUCGUAAACUCUCCUGCAGUAUAGCCAGGCUCAAAGAUCAUACCACACUACGUCUUGGGUUCCAGGUGAAAAAUGUUCACAAAGUGGGAGAAAAGAAAGAGCAGCCUGAAGAUAGUUUCAUGCUGAUUCCAUCUCAUAUGUUGGGUGGUAAUGACCUAAAGAUGCAGAUUUGUAUUGGGGAUGAACAUGUGUAUACUCAUAUCUGA